AUGAAAUUGAGGAAAUUCUACAAAGAAAGCCAUUAUUGGUCGGAUGAUAUGGAUGUUUCGAUCCGCAUUGAAUAUCAAAGACAAAUGAAACCAGCCGAGGCCAAUCAAGCUAUGUUACUUGGACAAAAUGAACCUAAACUAAUUACUUUUUAUACUCCAGUCAUGCCUGAUGAUGAAGCUAAAUUUCAAAGCUCUCGAUCACUUUUUUCAACAAAAACGUAUCAACCAUAG